CUCCUGAGGCAGGUGAGGGGGCUGAAGAGUCCUGGGAUCUGGGAAGAGGUGUGAGGAGAGGGUCUGCGGCUCCUUCUGAUACGGAGUUCUGGGCACUCCUCACAGGCAGGUUUGGGGGUACAGGCUGCCAGGAGUUGUUGCUGCUUCUGAGGACAAGGACCCUCCCAGCACCUGAGCUAACAUCUUGUAGGAAACUUGAAAUUGAGUUUAGUGCCGUGGGGGCCAGGGGAGUCCGGGUGCUGGCAGAAAUGGGAUCUCAAAAAGAACCUGAGUUAUGAGGGACCCUGGCUGGCCCUGGGCCUCUGUCUGUAAGAUUCUUUCCCACACAGCUGUGGGAAAACACAACUCUUCCUGUGGCUCUGUUGUGCCUGUGUGCACUUUCUCUCUCCAGCUGGAGCAUGGGGUGAUGGUGGACAAAAGGGAAAGACCAGAUCAGAAAGGGAGCCUGGGGAGGGGCCAUGGUGCCAAGCCACUUGUGGGGGAGACUGGAGAAGCCGUUUAUCUUCCUGUGCUGUGCCUCCUUCCUCCUGGGAUUGGCUUUGCUGGGAAUACGGCCGGACUUCGCCCCAGUUUCUUAUUUCUUUCUCGCCUUGGGUGGCUUCUUCCUGUUAGCCUGCCUCCUAGCCUGUUUUCUGGAAUGGGUGGUUGGGCUCUCAUUCCAGCUCCAAUCAAGGCAGUCCGAAAGCCCAAGGGCCUCAAGCCAUGCACGGGUCAAUGAAGCCUUUGAGGUGCCAGCCUAUGAAGAGGCCACAGCCGGGGUGUUCGGAUUACAGUACCACCCCCAAGAAGUGGAUCAACCACCCCCCUACAGCAGUGUUGCACUCCCCCCCAGACUUGAGGAAGGACAGCAUAGCCACCAAGGAGGGCCUGAGAGAGCCAGACUGGAAAGGCGAGUGGGCUCAGAGGGAUCUAUGGCCCAAGAAGGAAGCCCUGGAAGAAUUCCAGUCAGCCAUCAGUUUCGGGGACCACGGGCCGUGUCCACUGCUCCUGAUCUGCGAAACUUGGAGGCAGGUCCCAAAUUGGAGCCUCUUACUCCACCUCCUGCCUAUGAUGUCUGCUUUGGUCAGCCUGAUGAUGAUAAUAGUGUUUCCUCUGAAGGCAACCGGACAACACUCCCCUAAACAGCUCUGAAGGGUUUCAUUUUCUUUCCACACCAGAACCACUCAUGCAUUUGACCAUUUCCCAGGGCCUAUUAUGCCCUGUUUCUGCCUGGACAUCAUAAAUGGGUACUUGGACCCAAAGAGGAAUAAGGCUAUAGAAUGCAUUUCCCCCCUGAGAUGUAGGUGGUGUAACUUGAAUCUCCGGUCAAUAUUCAGUGCCCAUAGCCAGUAUUUCCAGAGUUAGAUUGAGGGUGAGGUGGGAGGUGAUCCAGAAAAGCUGGGGCAGGAAAAAAGAGAUAGCAUCUGAGUGACCUUCUGAUCCAGGUGUAUAUAAACAGAAUGAUGGGCCGGACGGUGUCUACAGAUGGGUGGGGUAGGCUGAACAGGGAUGCCCCCAGCCUCCUAGACAGGUAAAGCUAAUCAAAGCUCUGAUGGUUGCUGAUGCUACCUGCACCUCUCUCCUACCCAGGGGCUGGACAGUAAUCCCCAGUACAAGGACCCCCAUCUUCUUCUUCUUUUUUUUUUUUUUGAGACAGAGUCUCACCAUGUCACCCUCAGUAGUGUGCCAUGGCCUCACAGCUCACAGCAACCUCAAACUCUUGGGCUUAAGGGAUUCUGUUGCCUUAGCCUCCCAAGUAGACUACAGGCACCCACCACAACACCUGGCUAUUUUGUUGUUGUUGCAGUUGUCAUUGUUGUUCAGCAGGUCCAGGCCGGGUUCAAACCGCCAGCUUCCAUGUAUGUGGCCUGCGCCCUAACCACUGAGCUAGGGGCACCGAGCCAAGGGCCCCCCCAUCUUAUCUGAAAUUAGUAGAAUAAAUGCCCACGCAUGGACGGUCUUCCAGUUUUAACAAGUGGAUAUGAAGGCCAGAAAGAAUACAACAUGUGGCUUUCUUAGGGAGGGGUUAAGGGGCCAUAUCUACAGAGGUUCUUUUUUAUUCAUCUAUUAUGAAGUGCCAGGGUCACUUGCAAAGUGUGUCUAAUCGUUUCAGCCUCACCCUGGCGCUUUGAUGGCUAGGGUUUUACCCCCAGCCUCCUGCCCUGCUUUCUCAGAUCUCAGUACGGAACACCAGAUUUUCUGGAAUUAUGUGCUGCGGCUGUAAGACAGGACACCGCACUCCCCCACGCAAGCCUUCAUUCACUGAGAAGACAUUUAUCUAGCGCCUCCUAGUGCUCCCCAUCUUCUCCGCACCCCAGUCCCAACAGUUCAAUAAAGCAAAAAGGC